UGAUAAUAUAUCACGUGACUUGAGGCUCCGUUUACUCGCCGUAGACUUCGAAGCUUUCAAUCCUUCACUAGAAAAGUGCAGUAAAACUGGCGUGAAACAUCGCCAGCUUUCGAUGAAUUAAACCCAGGGGAACGUUAACACCAAGUGCAUAAAUUGAGCGUUCGUAACUACCUGUUUGUAGUGUGUUUAGUGUACAUAAAUGGCUUCUAGCGGCCGAGGAACCGUGGCAAGUAACAAAGUGGAAAAUGGGAAGAAUGAAGGAACUGCGAUGGAGACUAAGGACAAAGUUGAACACGUGCCCGGCGUCGAUCCAAACGACAGUGACGAGGAAUAUCAUGAACCAGGGAUGCGUGUUGGCUCGGAGUACCAAGCUACUAUCCCCGAGAUGGUGUCGGAUGAUAAAGACAUGGAUAACGCAAGACACUGUGCAUUAUUAGUGUGGGCGCCUGCCAAGAGUAUGACAGAUAGUAAAUUGGAUGAAUACCUAAGGACAGCAAAAGAUAAGCAUGGCUACAAUGUGGAACAAGCCCUGGGAAUGUUAUUUUGGCAUAAACACAACAUUGAAAAAUCCCUUACUGAUUUGGCCAACUUCACUCCAUUUCCAGAUGAGUGGAGUCUAGAAGAUAAAGUUUUAUUUGAGCAAGCAUUUGGAUCUCAUGGGAAGAGUUUCAGAAGAAUACAACAAAUGCUUCCAGACAAGUCUGUCAGCAGUUUAGUUAAAUACUAUUACUCCUGGAAGAAAACAAGGAGUAGAACAAGUCUUAUUGAUCGCCAGGCAAGACGCCUUGCAAUCAAGGAAUACACGGAAAACAGUGAUACCAGUGACAGUGACUUUGAACCAGAAAAAGAGCAACGACAAAGUAAUGGCCAACUUAAACCAAGGACGCCAACCAAACAACCUUCACAGCCGCCGCUAAUGACAACAUGUGCCAACUUCCAUUGUGGAAAUCAAACUCAGCAAAUAAAUGCCACCCCUAAGGGUAACCUAUGUGGGGCAUGCUAUCAACAUUGGAGGCGCACUGGAGGACUAAGGCAGCCAAGACUAACAGCAAGAGAAGAGAGAGCAUUAGCUAGGGGUGGAAAAAUUAAGCGAAAGCCACCAAAGGGGAUGAGCUUGUCCCAAGAUCUACUUCAAUCCAUCUCCCUGACACAUGGUGAUGCGCACACACGGCCAUUAGAAAUGGAGUUCACAAACUUGAAGAGACAGAUACAGAAUAAUAAACAGUUUAUCAGCCAGCACAAGGGGCAGUUGGAAAUUGGUAUUGAGGAUGUAAGAAUGGAUGAGUUAGGCAACAAGAUAAAUGCCAAGUGGACAAAUGAAGAGCUGCUGCUAGCCGUGCAAUCUGUGCGAAAAUACGGGAAGGACUUCCAAGCCAUGGCAGAGGUGUUAGGCAACAAAAGUGUCAGUCAGUGCCGUAAUUUUUUUGUGAACUAUCGGCGGCGUUACAACCUUCAGGGUGUGCUGGAAGAGUAUGAAGCUGAGCAGGGCAUAACGCCCAGUGACCGGCGGGACAGUGACUACGGCAGGCCAGGACUUUCCAUUUCCCCUGGACUUAAUCCAUCUCCAGGCCCCCAUCCUAACUCUUCCUCCCCACCUGUUUCAUCGCAAGGUAUGCCAGGCCAACCUCCCCCAUUGAUGAAACCCUCAGUUGUACAACAGCGUCCAACUUUCCCCAACCAAUCCCGUAUGGGUCAGUCGGGUUCACCUCUUCAGGGGCCACCACCUCUCAUCAAACCUGCUGGAAGACCAAUGCAAACACAGGACCUUGGUAGGACCAUGGCACCUUGAAUUGGCAGGUGACUACAGAUUGUGAAAUGUUUUCCCAUUGAUUUAGAGCCGACCUCUAGCUGCAUUUCCCUGGAGAUCGCCCUGGCUAAACAGUCUCUGCCUUAAGUCUGAGGCUGUUCAAGAACAAGAUGAAAUGAACCACUAUAAAUGCUACUUGGAUUAGCAUUGAUGUUUUCAUUUUAUAUCUGUUAUUAGUCAUCCCGUCUGUUGUUUAGCUGGCGGUGUAUAUAAGCUGUAAAUAUACUAUAGAUUCAAAAGUAAUUGCUUACAAUAGCUAGCUCUUAGCACAUGAUGGGCAUCCCCCUACAUACUUUGCUGCUUUGACCUGUUUUCCCUUGGUUUUGCUAUACAGGCAGACCCUAGGUGUCAAUUAUCCAGACAAGGAAUUGUGUUUUGUAAACCAUAAUUUUUUUAAAAGCUAAAUAGGGUGCAAUUAACUGCAUGGAGUGGCCUUAUUCGGCAAAAUAUACAAUGACUUUUUACAUAAUUGACAUCUCAAACUUUUUUCACAUGCUGUAACCCUGGAUCAGUUUUUUGAAGAUACCUUCUCCUGUUUUACAGUAACAAAUUGUAUGGCAUGAAGGUUGAAUCAAGUUUGUGAGUACCAUUUAGUAGUCUUGUGGACACAGACACCCACCUCCCCUUUUAAGAUAUAUUUCCUGGUACAUUGUUUGUUUUACCCUUCCUCUUUUUAGACUCGUUUUCCUCCUUGUCCAUGACCCGUUUAAGGCUGAUCUAUACAGUAUGAAUUAGCAGAGUUGUAGGCUGAUUUACAGCCUAUGACUUUAGUUUUGAAGGUGUUGAGGGCAAGUCACAUACAACUUAAAUUGUUCUGUCUAAAGCAGUGACAAAAGAUUUGCCUUUAGAUCUUAUACUAGCAUAUUUAUCAUGGAAACUUAUUUAAAAUCAUUAAUCUUUAUUUCUGAGUAAUUUUAUUUUGCUUAGGGCUUCUGCCCCUAACUGUUCAUAAAGUGCUUCUCAAGAAAUAUCUUCUUUCUAUAGAUACAAUGACCAGCUAUAAAUUCUAUAAGUUCUUCAUCUGAUUCAGAAAAGACAAAAAAUAUAUAUUGAUCUGUAUUUGUAUUUUGUAAUAAAUGGUUUUAAUAAACAUUGUUUAUUAUGUAUACCAUAAAUUAAUCAACCAUUAUUAUGAUAGAAAGCCUGCUCUAUUCAUUUGUCAAUAAAACAUUGAAUUUUUUUCGA